AUGGGUUCACUCCUUCCAAUUGAUGGUCAACAACCAAAAUUUGCUCAGUUAUACAUUUAUGAUACUGAAAAUGAAAUUGACAACAGAUUGAAGGCUAUUAAUGCUGUUGAUGAACUGCAAAAUAUUGAUAGAAAUAUUGUUCAUUCUCUUAUAGAAAUGUUUGAUUCAGAAAAUGAGAUUGUGAAAGCAUUUAGAAUGGCAAGAGAUCGUUUCAGAAAAAGUGAUUGUCUCCCUAUUCGCUUGAGAUUAAUUGGUAGCCGUAUGGAAAAUACAUCCCAGUAUAAUCCUCCAUCAUGUUCAGAAAUUGCUGGGUUAAUAGUUGGUGAUAUAGGUUCUGCUGAUCGUCAUCGAGAUAUUGUGGUUGAGCAUAAAACACAAGGUUUGAAACGUAUUAGUGAUUUACAUCCUUCGUUUAUGGCCAUGCAAUAUCCUAUUUUAUUUCCAUAUGAUGAAGAUGGGUUCAGAAUAGAUAUAAAAUAUUAUGGAACGGCAGGCAAAAAAGUGGGUACUAGAAAGUGCGCCACUAUGCGUGAAUUUUAUGCCUAUAGAAUUCAAAACAGAAUAGCUGAAGGUAGGACUCUAAUUAGCGGAGGUAAAUUAUUUCAACAAUACUUAGUUGAUGCUUUCUCAUGUGUUGAGGAAGAGCGACUUGAUUAUAUUAGAAGAAAUCAAUCAGAUUUACGAGCUGAAGUUUAUAAAGGUAUAAAGGAUGCAAUUGUUGCAGGUGAUGUUGAUGGUAAUGCUAUUGGUAAAAAGAUUAUUUUACCAUCUAGCUUCACUGCAGGUCCACGUUAUAUGAUGCAAAACUAUCAAGAUGCUAUUGCCAUUUGUAGACAUUGUGGACAUCCUGAUCUAUUCAUCACAUUUACUUGCAAUACGCAGUGGUUGGAAAUUGAAAAUGCUUUACGAUUUAUUUCUGGACAAAAAGCCAAAGAUCGACCGGAUAUUGUUAGUAGAGUUUUCAAAAUGAAAGUUGAGGCAUUAAUGGCAGAUAUUAAAAGCGGAGUCUAUUUUGGCAAAGUUGUAGCUGAUUUAUAUACUAUUGAAUUCCAGAAAAGAGGACUUCCUCAUGUGCAUAUCUUAGUAUGGCUAGAUGCAAGUCACAAGUCACCAAGCAGUACAGAGAUAGAUUCUAUUAUUUCUGCUGAAAUACCGGAUAAAACUAUUGAUCAUGUUGGAUACGAAGCUGUUUCAAAAUUUAUGGUUCAUGGCCCAUGUGGCUUGGCAAACUCAAAAGCACCGUGUAUGGCUAAAGGACGAUGUUCGAAAUAUUUUCCGAAAGAAUUCAAAACUGAAACAAUGAUGGAUGAAAAUGGAUUUGCUAUUUACAGAAGAAGAAAUAAUGGUAGAAAAGUUACAAAAAAUAACAUUGAUCUUGACAAUAGAUUUGUUGUACCACACAACCUUAGACUGUUGAUCAAGUAUCAAGCCCAUAUGAAUAUUGAGUGGUGUAGUAAGACGAGACUUAUUAAAUAUUUAUUUAAAUACAUCAAUAAAGGUCCAGAUAGAACCAGAGCUGUGAUUGAAGAUAAUUACUCACCUGGUGGUACGGAUUCAGUUGAUCAGUAUAAACAAGUUGAUGAAAUUAAGCAAUACUUAGACUGCAGAUAUUUAUCAGCAUAUGAAUCUGUUUGGAGACUAUUUCAGUUUGAUAUACACAGUAGAGAGCCUACAGUUGAGCGCUUAACUGUUCAUAUGCCACUGAUGAAUAAUAUAAUAUACCACGAGAGUCAAAGCUUAUCUGAUGUUGUAAAUAGAUUUAAUAUUGAAAAAACAAUGUUUACUGAAUGGAUAAUGACCAAUUCCAUGUAUGAUGAUGCACGUGAAUUAACAUAUGCAGAAUUUCCAACUAAAUGGGUUUGGCAUCAAGAUGAUAAAAUUUGGACAAGACGCAAAAGAGGAAAUCGUAUAGGAAGAAUUGUUUAUAUUCAUCCAAACUCUGGUGAACUGUAUUUUCUAAGAAUGCUCUUAAAUAAAGUUAAAGGAGCAAGAAAUUAUACCGAGAUUAAAACUGUGGAUGGUGUUGUACAUGGAACAUUUCGUGCUGCAUGUGAUGCUAUUGGUUUGCUUGGUGAUGACUUAGAAUGGCGGAAUGCAUUAGAAGAAGCAAAUUAUUGGUCAUCUGCUUCUAACCUGAG